UCUCUCUCAGCUCAAAGUCCUCUACCUUAAACUUCUGAAUGAAGCUGGUUCCCUCCGACUUCUGUGGCGUGCUCAGCACCGCACCUCAGCCUCCACUAACCAACUUCUGGGGAGCGCCCAGAGAGAACAACAAGAGGUUGGACUUUGAAUUCCCACCCAGCCUCUGUGGCCAAGCACAGCUGUGCCCCCUCACAGUCCCCAGGCUCCCUCCCUGAGAACCCUCCCACCCAGUCCACCUCCUUGGCCCCUGCCCACCUCCUUGGCCCCUGCCCUGGGCCUUCUGGAGUUCCAAAGGAAGCUGGGUGUAUAGUUCCCAAAGUCGCUGUCCUGGGUGACUGAAUCCCUACUGGUAAACAAGUCAGUGUCUUUGACCCAGGCUGCUGAGGCAGUGGCCCUGGCUGCAGAGGAAGAGUCUAAGCGGAGGCAAAGCCUGGCAGGCCAGUAUGCAGCAAGCCUUAGUCACCAGCUGGAGCUCCUUCACCAAGACCUCUGUGCCAGGCAGGGCCAGUGGGCCUCUUUCUGCUCCGUGUUGAUGGAAGCUCAGUGGCUGCUAAAGACACCUUCAAGCUCUAACCCAGGGAAGUCCCCCCAGCCUGGGCAAAGCCCCAAGGGGGUGCCUUCUCAGCUGGACAUACUGCUGGGCCACUUGUCCCAGGCCAUGCUGCAAGAAGGCCACCGCUUGAAGGCCUGGGGCUUCCUGGGCACUGGCACAGGGGCGGAGCUGCUACAGCCAGCCUCAGCGUGUCCUCAAGAGGGUGCUGAUGACAUCAUCGUGAAUCCUGUCACCAAGUUAAUGGUUCCUGGGCCCAACUGUAUGAUGCUCCCAGUCAGUGGCCACAUGGGGCCCAUACCCCCUGGCUACUUUAUCCACCCUGACACUGGGCGUGUGCUGCCUCAGACUGGACACCUGGGAUAUGAUCUGCUGAAGGCAGCCCUGAUACCCAUUACUGACUAUAAUGCAGAUGUUGUCCGAACAUCAGAGGUUGCUGUUCUCCCCUACUUGCCCUACCCAACAAGUCCUGUGACAGGUUGCCCUCCAGCCACUCGCCUGCCUACCCUACAGCCAAGAAGAACAUCACAGCUGGGGGCUCUCAUGUCUGACCCCAUCACAGGCAUCGAAGUGCCUGUGCUUGCUGUGACUCUGCACCCCCAAACAAGGCAGUGGCUCACUCUUGGAGGGACAUACUGCAAUCCUCUCACCAAGACAUUGGCCCCUUUGGAGUUGGGGGGCCCCAUGAAGGACCCAGUCACAGGAGGCAUCGUGCCAAUUCUAGGCGUUGGGCUGGAUGAACACACAGGUCAGGUGCUUGCAGUGGGAGGGCUGCAAGAUGGCACAGGGAGCCUCCUGCUGCCUGGUGACAACUUUGAGGAGCCACUGAGUGGGAAGACAGUCCGGCUCCUGGGAGCUUCCCAACAGGCAGGCCAGCUAUUACCCCACCCAGGAGGGUCACAGGCACUGCUGGAUUCCAAUGUCCUGGUGGCCCAGAGGCAAGUUAUUCUGAGGCUCCAGCAGUGUCAGGAGACUCCAGGGUCCAGGGCACAAGGACUUCUGGAGUCUGCCAUAAGGGACAUGAGACGAGCACUGGCUUUGAGUCUCCACCACAUCCUCCAGCAGGCACAGAGACUGGAGAGACAGUUGCAGGCAGCACGUGACAUUGAAGCCACUGGUGGCUGUAUAGGAUUAAUGUGCUACCCUAGGACUGAGCUCUGGGUCCCAGCCCUGUAUGGAAUGGAGAUUCCAGACCCUGAAGGCUCUGGGCUUAUGGUACCUAUCCUGGGCAUGCAUCGAGAUGGGGAUUCUGGGAAUACCACACCUUUGGCUGGCACAAUGGAGGACACUGCUGGUAAAGGUCUUGUCCCAAUCUCCAUUGGGGCUCAAGCCAUCGAUCCCUUAACCGGGGAGCAUGGUCCUGUCAUUGGUGCUCACAUGGAUCCCUCUGCUAGAGUGGUGGUGCCUGUGGUACAGCUGCUGGAGGCCUUGCCACGUGGAGUGAGGGACCCCAAUCUGCAGAUCCUCUUGGAGCAGGAGCUAAGGGCCCAUCAGCAGUACUGGCAGCUUCGGGAGCAGGAGGAACAACAGCUGGCAGAACACUUGUGGCACCUGAGCCAGGAGCUCCACUUCUGCCCUGGCCAUGAAGCCACACUGCAACUGAAGGCUGCUGAGGAGGCCUGUGCAGCUCUGGAGGCCUGCUACUUGCAGGAGACAGAACGCCGAGCUAGAGCCCUGAGCAUGCUCAGCAGCCCAGAACGGUGCUUGCUUUCUCAAGCAGACAAGAAAGAGUGGGAAGAAGAGGCGCAAGUGCUGCUGGGCGUGCGAAAGGUCCUGCAUAGUUUAGGACAGGCAUCAGAAAAGCUCAGGAAAACGUCCACCAGGCUGCAAGGCCAGGCAGAAGAGGUGUGCCUGCAGCAGAGUGAGGAUCAGAGCCCACGUGUCUGGAAUCAUCACAGGAAGGUAUUACAGCAUCUCUCUGAUGAGUUCCGGGAGGUAGUGAGGGACAGGCAGAACUUCCUGAAUAGGGCUCUUGGAAACCUUCAAUACCACCGGGAGCUCAGCCACCUCCAGCUCUUGCAUAUCCAGGUCACUGUCUCAGGAACUCCUGUGUGUUUGGAGAACUAUCCUGGAGACAGAUUCUAUGGAACAGUCACUACUUGUCUGGGGAACCAGGCUGCCCUCUGCCCCCUGCUGAUCCCUUUCCUGAAAGGCAUCACUGCCAUGCUCAUAGAGGAUCAAGGCCAUCAUCUAGGGCUGGAGGACCAGGCACCAGCAGUGGAUGCAGACAAAGCUGACAAUAUCUGGACCCCACCAUUAUUCUCCAUUAUGAAGAAAAUAGAUACCUUGUUCCAAGACCCCAGGGAAAUAGCUGAACUACAAAGACAAAUACAUCUCGGACCACACAGACCAGGCCCAAGAAACUCUUUGCAGAAUCUCCUGAAGACUCAGACGAUGCAGGGAGAGCUGGUAACUGUGCAAACCAUGCACCUUUCUGCCUGGGAGUUUGUAGUUUACCAGUAUGGUCUCUCCGUCCUGCACCUCCUCAUCCCCCAGCUGCAGGCUCCGGAAACCACCCUACAGAUUGCUUCUCAUCUGCCUGCCAUGGAAGUCACAGGAAAUGCCUUUGAAGGUUCCUUCUUCUAUCAGAGCACUGAAAACACCUUGUUUGUUGGGAGAGAGUGUUUGGCCUCUGUGGGACGUUUCGUUCUGUUGUUGAUCCACUGCCUGGCCCACAUCACUACUGGGGACUUCAACCAGGACUGCAACCCCAAAUUUCUGGGGUCGUUUUAUGAGGGGCUGAAAGCCUACUUCAAGGAGGCAUUCUCUACUACACUGCAGAUGUCAGCAGUUUCCUGGGACAGUAAGUUCGACCAAAGCCUAAGUGCUGUUCUGCUGAAAGAGCAGUCCACCUCUGAAAAAGAAAGAGAUCUCCUCUCUAAACUCAUUGAGAGGAAGUGUGAGCCUUGCUUGUCAAGACAGUCAUCAGAAGAGUACAUUAAGAAAAGCAACGAACUUCUCCUUUUCACUAAUAUGGAGCAUUUCCUAAAAAGCAUCCUUUCUGAAGAGCAACAAAUCUUAGUAACACCGAGAGCUGGACUCCGUGGCAAAGAGAAGAUCUAGAACGGAAAGUGGUGACCACAUUUUAGCCAGCGUGCAAAAAAAAAAAAAA